AUGUCAGCUGUGGCAGCGGUGGCGGCGGCGGCGGCGACCGCGACGGACGACCCGGACGGAUACGAAGCCGGCAGUCAGGAGGACGACAUGGGAGCCGCCGAACGGGACUUGGCCGAGGACGCGCGCUGGAAGCUCAUCCAGCAGAACACGUUCACACGAUGGGCCAACGAGCACUUGAAGACGGCCGGCAAGGCCAUCGGCAACCUGGAAACGGACCUGGGAGACGGGCUCCGGUUGAUCGCUCUCAUCGAAGUGCUUAGCGGCAAGCGGCUGCCCAAGCACAACAAGCGGCCCACGUUCCGGUCGCAGAAGCUGGAGAACGUGUCCGUGGCGCUCAAAUUCCUCGACGACGAGAACAUAAAACUGGUCAAUAUCGAUUCUUCCGAUAUUGUUGAUUGUAAAUUGAAAUUGAUUUUGGGAUUAAUAUGGACGUUGAUUUUACAUUACUCUAUAUCGAUGCCAAUGUGGGAUGGCGAAUUUGGUGGCGAGCAAGUACCAAACGAAAAAGGAGCAACACCGAAACAAAGAUUACUGAACUGGAUCCAGAGUAAGGUUCCCGAUAUACCGAUUUCGAAUUUCACUACAGACUGGAACGACGGAAAGGCCGUCGGCGCUUUGGUCGAUGCCGUGGCUCCGGGCUUAUGUCCGGAUUGGCAGGAUUGGAAAUCAAACAACGCACUUAAAAAUGCAUCGGAAGCCAUGGGCUUGGCUGACGAUUGGCUUAACAUCAAACAACUCAUCAAACCCGAAGAAUUGGUCAGCCCCAACAUGGACGAACAAUCCAUGAUGACCUAUUUGUCUCAGUACCCGAACGCAAAGUUGAAACAAGGAGCUCCGAUUAGAUCAAAAACCAACCCUAGCCGCGUUCGUGUUUACGGUCCUGGAAUCGAACCCUCUGGGCCGGCCGUGGGAGCCAAAACGAAUUUCACCGUUGAAACGUUUUCCGCCGGCAAAGGCACAGUCAACGUGUCUGUGGAAAACCCCAAAGGAAAAGCUGAACCGGUUGAUCUGGUUUUCAACAACGACCGAAGUCAAACUUACACGGCCACGUACAAACCGGUCGUCGAAGGACCGCAUAAAGUGCACGUGAACUUCUCCGGGGUACCGACUCCGAAAUCUCCAUAUCACGUUAACGUGGAUGCGUCAGCUGGUGAUCCAAACAAAGUAAAUGUCUUCGGGCCAGGUAUACAACCCGAAGGCGUGUUCACGAACCGACCAACUUAUUUCGAAAUCCAUACGAAAGAUGCCGGAAAAGGUGUUCCCGAGGUGAUAAUUCUCGAUCCUGCUGGCCGAGAGAACACGAUACCGGUGAAACUCAAGAAAGAACCUAACGGAGUGUAUAUAUGCGAUUACACGCCGGUCGUCCAGGGAGUGCACUCGGUCAAUGUUUUCUUCGCAAAUCAACCUGUGCCACUGAGCCCAUUUGCUGUUGGCAUAUCGAAUGCAUCUGACGCUAAACGCGUAAGAGCCUUUGGACGAGGUAUACAACCACAUGGCCUUAGAGUCCAAGAUGAAGCCAAGUUCAAAAUUGUCACCGAAGGAGCAGGCGAAGGCGUUCCAGAUGUGAACGUAAUCGGACCGGGUGGAGUCAAAGAACCCGUAAACAUGAAGAAACUCGACGCACACACGUAUGAAGCAACUUACUAUCCGAGGAAAGUCGGCCGGCACGUCGUGAUGGUGACGUUUGGAGGGGUGGAAAUCCCUAAAGCACCUUUCGAAGUGCACGUCAACCCAUUCAAGGAGACUUUGAUUCGUGCUUACGGACCUGGACUUACCGGAGGCGUAGUUUCGCAUCCAGCGAUGUUCACUGUCGAAACAAACGGAGAAACUGGUUCGCUAGGAUUCAGUAUUGAAGGGCCUUCAAAGGCGAAAAUCGAUUGCCAGGACAACGGUGACGGAUCGGCGGACGUCAGGUACUAUCCGAUGGCGCCAGGAGAGUAUGCCGUGCAUAUAUUAUGCGAUAACGAGGACAUACCUAAGUCACCCUACAUGGCCAACGUUGUGCCCAGUUCGGAUUUCUAUCCCGACAAGGUGAACUGUUACGGCAGUGGACUGCAACCGAAUGGCGUCAUACAAGGAAAACCUGCUGAAUUCGUUGUGGACACGAAAAAAGCAGGAGUAGCUCCACUUGACGUAAAGGUCAUAGAUUCGAGUGGCAACUUUAUAGAACCCGUGUUGAAAGACAACAAAGAUGGUACACUUUCUUGCAAGUACGUCCCGAAGUCGAUCGGCAAACACACGUUACAGGUCAGUCACGGAGGCGUCGCUGUACCAAAAAGUCCGUUCCGCGUGUUCGUGUCACAGCCGUUGAACGCCAACAAAGUACAAAUAUUUGGACCCGGUAUUGAAUCCGGCGUCAAGACCAACAAACCCAAUCAUUUCACCAUUGAUUGUUCCGAUGCCGGAAUCGGCGAGCUGAACGUGAAUCUGGUAAACGAUAAAGGAGUCAACGUGCCAUUGCAGGUCAACGAUAACGAAGACGGUUCGUUCCUCAUUGACUACGUCCCGACCAACUCAGGCGUUCACAAUUUGAAUUGCACUUACGGUGGAGUCAAGGUGCCUGAUUGCCCGAUCAAGAUCAACGUACAGUCUCCGGUGGACUUGUCCAAAGUCAAAGUGGAUGGUCUCGAAACGCUGGCUCCGGUCAACAGUCUGCAGCAGUUCCGGGUGAUGACGCGGGAAGCCGGUAGGGCGGAAUUCGCCGUGGUGAUCACAGGCCCGUCCGGUGGUUCGGUGACGGCGCACGUGGUUCCCGUCGCCGACGGUUACGUGGUGAACUUCACGCCGACCGAGGUGGGCGAGUACCGACUGAGCGUGACUCUGGGCGGCGAACAGGCGGGCCGACCGUACCGUAUGACGUGCACGCGGGCCAGCGACCCCGGCAAGGUGACGGCCCAUGGACCGGGCCUGGCCGGUGGCCCAGUCAACCGGCCUGCCGAGUUCACCAUCGACACGAAACGCGCUGGCCAGGGUGGCCUGGGCGUGACGGUCGAGGGCCCGUGCGAGGCGGCUAUCAAUUGCCGGGACAACGGGGACGGCACGUGCUCGGUGGCUUACAUGCCCGUCGAGGCCGGCCACUACGUCAUCAACAUCACAUUCGAUGACCACCCAAUUCCUGGGUCGCCGUUCAACGCGCUGGUCGGUGGCCGGGCGGCUGGCGAUGCGCCGCGGCCGCCCAACAACGUCAAGGCGUCCGGCAACGGUCUGCUGGCCAAUGGUGUUUUAUUGGGAUCACCGACUGACUUCUCCGUGGAUUCAAGAGCCGUCGCCAAGUACGGCCAAGGGGUCGUUACGUGUACGGUAACUAAUCCAUCUGGCACCAGGACAGAAACGUUCAUAACGCCUCAAAGCGACGGAACAUAUAAAAUCAGUUACACCCCGUUCGAAGCAGGACCACACACCAUCGACAUUUAUUACGACGGCGUGCCCAUAGUUGGCUCACCGUUUUCUGUGAACGUGAGACGAGGAACCGACGCGAGCAAGUGCAGAGCUUUUGGACCGGGUGUGAGCCGUGGAGUUAUCCACAAAGUCAACACUUUCACCGUCGAAACAAAAGGAGCUGGCACUGGCAGCUUAGGUUUGGCCAUCGAAGGGCCUUCCGAGGCGAAAAUGACGUGCGUUGACAAUCGCGAUGGUUCGUGUACGAUCGAAUACACGCCUACUGAAUCUGGUGUUUACGAUGUGAGCAUUCAGUUCGCUGAAACACACAUUCCCGGAUCACCGUUUAAGGUCCAAGUCGAUCGUCCUGAUCGUCCUGCAACCGCCAAUGACAUAAAUGUGAGCGGGCCAGGCAUCAACCCAAAAUAUAUCAGGGCCAACACGCCCAUCACGUUCAAAGUAGACGCUUCGAAAUCUGCUAAAGGAAAAGUAGACGUGAAAAUGGAAAUCGACAAAGGUGUUGCACAUGCACAACCGAAACCACCAAUUAUUCGAGACAAUGAAGAUGGUACCUACGAUGUUACUUACACUCCUAAUCCAGAAGGCGCUCUACUUGUGGCCAACGUAUUGUACAACGGACAUCAUGUACCGAAUAGCCCUUUCAAGUUCAGAGUUCGGCCUAAGUUCGAAUUGGAUAAAAUCAAGAUCGAAGGCCCCGGCGUGUCCGACUCUCGAGGUAUCAAGGCUUCUGUUCCCACGUAUUUCGUUGUGGACGCUACUGACGCUGGUUCCGGAAAAUUGGACUUGAGAAUUAUGGGACCCGAUGGUUUUCCCAGGCAGGUGGACAUCGAAAAGAACGAUAAUUUAUACAAAAUUAAGUAUACUCCGGAUGACUGCGGUCGGUACACGAUCGAAGCGCUAUAUGAUGGCAAACCAUUACCACAAUCGCCGAUUCAAGUACAGGCGUACUCCACUGGAAAUGCGGACAAUUGUCGUAUCACGGGGAACGUAGAGAGCCGAAUACUGACGGGUAAAAACCACAGCAUCGUCGUGAACGCCAGGAACUGCGGCGACGGGAACUUGACGUGCCGGAUAAGACCGGUGGACGGGCAUUUCUUCGUAAACACAGAAGUUGUGCCGAAAAACGAUGGCACUUACGUGGUCAACUAUUCGGUAAAAGAGCCCGGGGACUACACGUUGACGAUGAAGUUCGGCGGUCAGCCAGUCAAAGACGGGUUUUACAAAUUUACGGCCACCGAAGAUACGGUCGGAGUAAAACGGUUGCCCAGAGACUUUGCUGAGCAACUGCGCUUCGACGAGUACGCCCAACAGACAAUCACCACUACCUCCAAGACCACCUCCACCACCACCGACGAGUAUAGGCCCGUGGCUUUGGACAAGAUACCGGUACCUUCGUGCGGCGGACAUUUGACAGCUGAUAUUGCGAUGCCGAGCGGUAAACGAGACCAACCGUCCGUCGAGGAUAAUCACGAUGGAACAGUCUCACUUAAAUACGAUCCCAAGGAAGAGGGCUUGCAUGAGUUGUUCGUUAAGUACAACGGAGAAAACGUUCAAGGUUCGCCAUUCAAAUUCCACGUCGACUCCAUCACCAGCGGCCACAUCACGGCUUAUGGGCCGGGGCUCAUGCACGGCGUCAGUGGAGAACCGUCCGACUUUACCAUAUACACGAAAGGAGCCGGAGCCGGUGCGUACAUCAACAUUUUAUAA